AUGUCCUCCAAAUCAUUUCUCGUGUUGAUCAUCGUCAUUGUUUGCAGCACUAUCUCCGCACUCUGUGAAAGCUCUCUUCGGUCCGGAACAUUCUCAAAUUCCACAACAACCAUCACAGAAUUAGAUCACAACAAUCCUCACACUCGUCUUGCCUCUACCAUCCACACCUUCCUCCAAAAUUAUCAUGAUGAAUACAAACAAUCCCAAGAAUCCCAACAACAACAACAAUACACACUUUUGAACACUAACAAGAACCACCACUUGUUAUCAAAUUCCUUUCCAUCACAUUCACCAAACAACAAGAAGAAUUCACGACGUUCCUCCUCCUGUGUUGCCGUUCAACCUUCCAUCGAGAGUUGUGGAGGUAUGAUUGCCAACAAUGUGAGCACUCUCGUCGCCAAUUCUCUCUCCUUCUACAAGGCUCAAGUCACCAACUCGAUUGACAACUUUGUGGAAAAAGUCAAAUCCAAUUACAAUGGAGAGAUGCCAUCGGGAUGUGAAGCCUCCGCUCGAAGUUACUUUUGUUCCGCCACUUUCCGUCAUUGUUUGGAAGAUUCGGAAGGACAGGUUGAAAUUGAAAAACCCUGUCAAUACAUUUGCAUGAAUUUGUACCUCAAUUGUAUUAAGGAGAAAACCAUAGCUUUGAAAAGUGCUGAUCAUUAUUGUGGAACCAUUCAAAGACCUUCAGAUGCUUAUGCCCAACCACCCAUUUGUACCGAUGUGUAUAUGGAUCGAGCCAUGAGUGAUUAUUUAGCGAUGGGUUUAACCUUGUUGGGAAAUGCCAUGUUGUGUGGUGGUGUGUGUAGUGUGAGUUUGUGUGUCUGUAUGGCCAUGAAUUGGAUCACAGAAAGAAGAACAAAGAGAGGAGGAUCAAACAUGGAUGAUGAUGAUGAUGACAAUGAUCACCAACCAUCUCGUGAUUCCAUCGUCAUGUCCAGUGGUGAUUCCUCUUCGCCUUUACCUUUUCAUAUCAAUUCAAGUUCCUAUUUCAAGAAUAAUCAUCGAACUAGUCUUCUUGCUGAACAAAUUCCAUUUGCAUUCGGUAGUGGUGGUGGUGGUAUCACGAGUACUCGAACGACGUUUGGAAGUGUGGAUCUGACGUCCAUAGUAGUGGUCGAUGCGUCGUCCUUGUCAACGACACCAACAACAAACAUCGCCACCACCAACAAUGAAGAGUCUCCAAAGGAAAGUUCUGCCAAGGAGAUGGAUGUGACAGCCAAACAUGAAGAAAUUUAA